UCUCGUGCUGCACUGGGCCCUCGCCGCGGGCGGCAAGAGCCUUUCUCUCGCCAUGCAGGUGGGCGGCGCGGCGGCUGGAGGGUGGGUGGCGGUGGCGUGGUCACCGGACGGCAGCAUGCCCGGCUCCGACGCCGUGAUUGGCGGGCUGCCGGGCGGCGCGGUGAAGGCGUAUGCUAUAAGCGGGUACAGCGAGGCGGACGUGCGCCCCUCCAGCCGAUUCUCCAUCGGCUCCGCCUCCUCCGCCAAUGGCGGCUCUCUUAUCAAGUUUUCUCGGUCGUCUGGCGACGGCGCAGUGCCGGUGAGCCUGACGGGGAGCAACAGCAUCAUCUGGGCCUUCUCCAGCGAUCAGUCGCCAACCCUCGCGAACCAUGGCGGCAACUAUGGCCAGGCAAGUGUGGACUUCAGCUGCACGGGCAUCCCCAUGGCGACGCGCAAAUCAACACUCAAUUUUGUUGCCGCGCGUCCGCCUCCCAUUCCGCCUUUCGCGAGGCAGCAGUAGCGCGCAGACACCUGGCGGCGAUCAAUCAUCUCUCAUCAGUUACCACCAUGAGCGCCCACGCGCUUCCUUUCUGCCCCGCACGCCCUCUGAUUCCCUUCCCUGGCCGCGUCGCGCCGUGUGACCGCGCGGGACCGCAACGGAUCACCGCGUCUCGAUGCCGACCGUCAUCGCCGGCGCCUCGUCCCCAGCCUUCUUUCCCUUCGGCCAUGCUCCUUGCCUCAUCAUUCCCUUCUGUCUUCGCGCCGUCGCAACCAAUCGCGAUCCCAUCCGUAACUCAUUGGGGUGACUCUCGCAGCGGACUUCGCCGGAAGGUCGGAACUGUCACCGCAGCGGCUGUGCAGCAGCGAAAGCUGGACCGCGUUUCACGGCGACUGAUAGGGCGCCUGGGGGCGGGAAUCGAGGCGGCAUGCUGCCGGAGUGACCCGCCUGGGCGGAGAGGUGGAAGAACUGAAGCAGACGCGCAGAGGAGAAGAGCGGUCCGCGCACAGGCGAGCAUUGCAGGAAAGCCGUGGUCGCGGGAACGAGAGCAGCGAGGGGAGGUCGGAAGCGCGGAGGGCAGCGUUGCAGAGCUGCGUGGGGAGGCGGAGACGGAAGGGGGGUCAGCCAUGGGCGGAGCAGUGAGCGCGGGGAGGGGCAGCGGAGAGGGGGAUGUGGAUCCUGCGGGGGAUCGGCCAGUGCUGUGCUUUCCUGGCGGGUAUGGUGGCAUGGGGCGGUGUGGGGGAGCAAAGCGCAGUAUGGGGGCGGUGUGGGGGAGGAAAGCGCAGUAUGGGGGCGGUGUGGGGGAGGAAAGCGCAGUAUGGGGGCGGUGUGCCUGUGCUGUGGGGGGAGUGGCUAAUGAAAUGAGACAGACCAUGUAUCAAUACUCCCAACAUUCCCCCCUUCUCCCCCAUUUCCUCUUCUCCUCUCCCCCUCCCCCCCCCACCCUCGCUUCUAUCACGCGGGGUGACAACAGCGGGAUGUUCUUCUACUGGCAGAUGGGGGCGGCGGCGGCCGUGUCACGGCACGGUGCGGUGGACGGGGCGAGGCUGGUGGGGGCGAGUGCGGGCGCGCUGGCAGCCACGCUCACGGCAUGCGGGGUGGACGCCACCGCUUCUGCGCGCGCCGCCUUCGACCUCUCCCUUGCCAACGGCGUCUGGGAUCGCCCUGCAGGGCUGGCAGGAGUGUGGGGUCGGCUGGUGGGCGAGUGGUUGGACCUCAUGCUCCCACCGGAUGCUCACACCCGCUGCACGCACCGCCUCUCUCUCCACAUAGUCACACUGCCCUCCAUUCGCCACCGCGCACCGUGGUUCCAGAGGCAGGUGGUGUCGCAGUUCCCAUCGCGUGCGGACCUGAUAGCGUGCUGCCUGGCGUCCGUGCACAUCCCCUUCUUCAUGGACGGCCGCCCCUGGACGCUCUACCGCGGCCGCAGAUGUGUUGACGGCUCCAUUCUCGCCAUGCCGGAGCACCUCGCGCCGGCAUCUGCGACCUCGCUCUUCCUCGACUUUGCACUGGAUGAGGAGAUGCGUCGGCGGCGUUGGGACUUCCUGAGCCUCGGUGCGCGGGGGAGAGGAGGGGAGAGGGCGCGGGCCCGUGAGGUGGGCGAGCAAGGGUGGGAGGAGUGGGCGAGGGGGGAGGAGGUGAAAGUGAGCGAGCACUACACAUUGCCUACAGCCCCGCAGCACCCCCCUUCCUCUGCCCCGGCGCGGACGUGGCUGUGGAUAGAGGAGAUGAUGCAGAGAGGGGAGGCGUAUGCGAUGCGGGAGUUAGUCGAAACGGGCUUGUUGCACACUGUCAUCCCUCCUGUGUCCAGUGCCUCCACUCGGGCGCGCUGUCAAUGA